GACACGGAAAGGCUUGAGAUCACUUCCGGGGGUCACUCAACAGAAUAUGGCGGCUGGAAAGUGCUCUGAGGAUCAGUGGGUUGAGAUACAAAAAGCUUCCUCGGAAAAGAGACGUGAACUCGUGUUACAGGGUCCCAAUAUCGACAAGAAAAUAGUUUCUGGGGGUCUAGAUGUCAAUAUCUACUCCUUGUCGCUUUUGAACUACCUGGAAAUCAGUCAAUGUCCGAAUUUGACUGAGAUCCACCCGGAAAUUGCGAAUCUGAUCAAUCUUCAGAGCUUAAUUUUGUGCAGAAAUAAGUUGUGCUCUGUCCCUGAAGCGAUUGGAAGUUUGAAGUCGCUGAAAGUUUUAGAUGUUUCAGGCAAUGAAUUGACAUGUUUGCCCUUCGAAUUGUCGCAUCUUUCUGAGCUGAACACCCUCAACGUGAGCUGCAAUAAGAUAAGAAGCCUACCUGAUGGUUUGAGCAAGUGUGUGAAACUGGCGUCCAUAAAUGUUUCUAAAAAUGAGAUUAGUAACCUUCCCGAAGAUUUAUUCUCCUCUGAUCUGGAACACCUAAGCACAAUUAUUGCCUCGGAGAAUGCGAUUGAAGAACUGAGUGGGAAUAUAUACGGCUUAUCUGCCCUCAAGAAUUUGGACCUUUCCAACAACAAGAUUACUGAAAUCCCAUUCGAUUUGGCAGAUUGUUCUAAGCUAAAGGAAGUAAACUUUCGGGGAAACAAACUAAAAGAUAAGCGCCUGGAGAAGAUGGUGAACGGCUGUCAGACUAAAUCUAUUUUGGACUACCUGCGGGCGGGUGGCAGGGGAAAAGGUAGAGGGAAACAGCAAGAGGGCACUGCGAAGGAUGAAAAUACAAAAGACAAAAGAAGAAAGAAGAGAUCGGAUAAGCACCAAAAGAAUAAGGAAGAGGACGAAGAACUGGACGACUUAAACCAAAUGGUGGUGAAAGUUCUACAAGUGCACGAUAGUGAGGAAGCAUUUACCAUUAAAGUGGCACCACAGGUUAAAGAUGUUCGUCCAUACAUUGUCUGCUGCAUUGUUAAGGGUAUGAACCUGAAGCAAGGGAAUGCUCUUAAAAGGUUUCUAACGGCACAGAUCAAGCUCCAUGAUGAGAUAUGUGAGAGAAGAACAUCCGCCACCAUUGCUACUCACGACCUGCAUCGUCUUAGGGGUCCCCUUCUGUAUGACGCCAGGUCUCCAAAAACACUUAAGCUCGUGCCCCUGAGCCGCAAGGAGAUGAACGCCGCAGAGUUGCUGAGGCAGCUGCAGUUCGAGGCUGAGGAGCAGAGGAAGCAUAAGAAGCGGCAGAACGUCUCAGGCCUCCACAAGUAUCUGCAGCUCCUUGAUGGCAAGGAAAACUACCCCUGUUUGGUUGAUGCGGAGGACAAUGUAAUAUCCUUCCCACCAAUAACCAACACGGAGAAGACUAAGAUGAGGAAGAGCACGAGAGAGCUGUUGUUAGAAGUGACCAGCGCUAUCAAUCUGCAGACCUGCAAGGAUGUUAUGGACGCUCUGAUUGUGAAAAUGGCGGAGCUAAACAAGGCUACACUUGAACUAAAAGAAGAAAUUGUACCUGAUGAUGGGGAGCCGGAUUUGGCGGACGGGGAGCAGCCCUUGGGGACAGCCCCGGAAGGCAUGACCGACUGCGUGUCAUCUGAGCUGGUGGUGCAGCAGGUUCGCGUUGUGGAUUUGGAGGGAAACCUCAAGGUCAUCUAUCCCUCCAAAAUAGACCUCAAUGUCACUGUUAGCAACCUGACCGUCAUUCGCUAGUAGAAAAGACCUUCUGGAAACGUUUUUUUUUUUCUUUCAAAUAUGUAUCCUCGUUUGUUCGAUUGUCUCAAAAAUUGAAAAUUUGAUAAUGUAUUUAAUUGGAAUAAAAAAAAAACGAAUGAGUUAAAAGGUA